GGCUGGUGGCGCUUACAGACAGGCUACGUUCCCGCCACAUUUUUAAGUUUCGUUUCCAGCGGUCACUGAGAGUUCCCCUUCCCGCGGCCUUUCUCCGAAGUCGAUUAUACUUUCUGGCAGCGAAGGAAGAACGGCAGAUAUGGAAGAUCCGCGUAGAAGGACGACGGCGCCGCGCGCUAAGAAGCCGUCUGCGAAGCGCGCCCCGACGCGGCCCAGCGGAACCGGGGCCACCGUGUCCCGCGCGGGAAGCUGCGGCCCGCAAAGAGGGGCGCGAUCGCGACGGGUGGAGCGAGACGGGGACACCACGGAGAAGCCACACACCCCAGCGCUCCGAGUGCGUCCCGGAAGGGCCGCUGAGCGCACCAAGGAUGCACAGCCCUUGGCCACGGACGCGGCUGGAGCCUCCGAGAGGCCCGCGGUCCGGGAGCCCCAGCGGCAAGUCAUCCUCGAUCCUGAGCCGCCCGCUGUGCAGGAGCCCCAGGCGCCGACUGUCGCAAGAGGACCUGUCCGCAGAAGGGGCGCACGCUCCAUCCGGCAAGGGUCCAGGAAGGAGCCAGACAAGCUAAAGAAGGUGCUGGACAAAUUGAGAUUGAAACGCAAAGAAAUCUCGGCGGCGGCCGAGACGGUGAAUAAAGUCGUGGAUCAACUGCUGCGCAGAAUGCAGAGACGGGAGUCCGAGUUCAAAGGCGUGGAGCAGCUGAACACCGGCAGCUACUAUGAACAUGUGAAGAUUUCUGCUCCUAAUGAAUUUGAUGUUAUGUUUAAACUGGAAGUCCCCAGAAUCGAGCUAGAAGAAUAUUACGAAACUGGUGCUUUCUAUCGUGUGAAGUUCAAGAGAAUUCCACGAGGAAAUCCUCUGAGUCAUUUUUUAGAAGGGGAAGUAUUAUCAGCUACCAAGGUGCUGUCAAAGUUUAGGGAAAUCAUUAAAGAAGAAGUGAAAGAGAUCAAAGAUACAGAUGUCACCGUGGAGGAGGAAAAACCAGGAAGCCCUGCUGUAACCCUUCUCAUCAGGAACCCUGAAGAAAUAUCUGUGGAUAUAAUCCUGGCUUUGGAAUCGAAAGGCAGCUGGCCUAUUAGUACCAAAGGAGGACUACCUAUUCAAGACUGGCUCGGCACAAAAGUGAGGACCAAUCUAAGACGAGAGCCGUUUUAUCUUGUACCCAAGAACGCAAAAGAUGGAAAUCAUUUUCAAGGAGAGACAUGGCGCCUCUCCUUCUCUCACACUGAAAAAUACAUUUUGAAUAAUCAUGGGAUAGGAAAAACAUGUUGUGAAUCUUCUGGAGCAAAAUGUUGCAGGAAAGAAUGUUUAAAAUUAAUGAAAUACCUUUUGGAACAGUUGAAAAGAGAGUUUCAAGAGCUAGAUGCAUUCUGUUCUUACCACGUGAAAACUGCCAUCUUUCAUAUGUGGACCAAGGACCCACAGGACAGCCAGUGGGACCCCAGGAACCUAAGCACCUGCUUUGAUAAGUUUUUGACAUUCUUCCUGGAGUGCCUCAGGACAGAGAAACUGGACCACUAUUUUAUUCCAAAGUUUAAUCUGUUUUCUCAAGAGCUAAUUGACAAAAAAAGUAAAGAAUUUCUGUCAGAGAAAAUCGAAUAUGAAAGAAACAAUGGAUUUCCAAUUUUCAACAAGCUUUGAAACUAUGUAUUUGUGUAUACAUUAUACUGUGUUUUGUGGGUGUUUAGGUCAGAGGUUGAUGCCAGCUGUCUUCUUCAGUCUUAUUCACUUUUGGGUGUGGGGUAGAAAGAGUGGUGAUUUCAAGACAUCAUUUCUCUGUAUAGUCCUGGCUGUCUUGUAACUCCCUCUGUACACCAGGCUGGUCUUAAACAAAGAGAUCUGCCUGCCUCUGCCACUGGAAUGCUGCGAUUAAAGGCGAGUGCUGCGCU